GAACCUUUUCCAGCAGCACAAAGGAACGGUUUGUGCGUUACAAGGAACCAACCCACCCAGAGCUGUCCCAGGAAUGAGAUGUGUACCCAGAGCCACCUCAGCGAGAGGAGGAUUUGCAAGUGUUCAAUAAGUAUGGAGGACUUAGAGUUUGAGCUGACCCAAGCUGGUUCGAGCAGGAGGGAUCUAGUCCUGAGGCUGUUGCAAGCGGUUCCCGCAAUCUGGAGGUGUUCGAGCAAGGAGGACCUAAACCUGGAGGUGAACCAAGCUGGUUUCAGCAAGGAGGACGUAGACCUGAAGCUGAACGAAGCCGGUUUCAGCAGGGAGGGUCUAGAUCUGAGGCCGUUCGAAGCUGUUUCCAGCAAGGGGCAUCUAGACCUGAGGCUGUUCCAAUCUGUUCGGGCAAGGGGCAUCUAGACCUGAGGCUGUUCCAAGCUGUUCGGGCAAGGGGCAUCUAGACCUGAGGCUGCUCCAGGAAUGAUAUGACCCAAAGCUAUCUGAGCGAGGAGGAUCUGCAACUGCUCCAGCAAGCAGGACCUGGACUGGAAAAGCUGUUCCCAGCUGGUUUCAGCAAGGAGGAUCUCUACCUUGUCACACUGUUCCAAGCUGUUGCAGCAAAAAAACUGGAUUUUUUUAGAGCUUGUCCUAAUCCAGCAAGGAAAACCUACUCCUGGAGCUGUUCAAGCAACGGUGGACCUGAAUUUCAAGCUGGACAGAGACCGGUUAACUUCUCCAGCUGGAGGAUGAUCUACAAUCACUUGGACCUGGUCCAGCAGGGAGGACCUGACCUCCACUACGCCGACGAGGAGGGCUCGGAACUGUGUCAUCGAGGACAGUCUGGAACUAUUUGCAGGGGCAAAUAUCCAUGGAACCAUUUUCACCUGAGGACCUCUGUUCCAGCAAUGGAGUUACUUGUUACCUGUUACCUGGAGCUCUGUUCCAGCAAUGAAAUGAAACGAGGACACAUGGAAUGGAAUGUUUCGAGCGGGUAGGGUUCGGAUGGACAGAAACAGGAAAGAAGAGAAACACCAGUCAUAACGUCUGCUUCACAUCGGAUCGGAUGUGAAACAAGCAGUCAUAACGUCUGUUCCAGGAAAGAAGUUCAAACACCAGUCAUAACGUCUGCUUCGCAUUGGGCUUCUAAAUGUUGAGUUUGAAGUUUGAACUUUAAAUUUCAGGCCCUCCCUUUUUUUUUCAUUUUCCCCUCACCCCUAACAAAGCAGGACCUUAAUC